CGCCGCUACGCACAUGCGCAGCCGGAGGUCUCCCCCAUUCCUGAGGGCACAAGGCUCGUAAGCAGCGCUGUGUAGAGCUUGAGGCUGCCAUGGCCGAAGCGACGCGGCCCCAGCGCCCCGGGAUCGGCGUGGGGGUGGUGGUCACCAGCCCCGCGCAUCCCAACUGCGUCCUGCUGGGCAAGAGGAAAGGCUCAACGGGAGCCGGCACGUACCAGCUCCCCGGAGGCCACCUGGAGUUCGGGGAGAGCCUGGCCGAGUGCGCUGCCAGGGAGACGCUGGAGGAGGCGGCGCUGCGGCUGCGGAACGUGCGAUUCGCUUCCGCCGUCAACGCCGUUUGCGUGGCCGCGCACUAUCACUAUGUCACCGUCCUCAUGAAGGGCGAGGCCGAGCCGGGGGAGGAGCCACGGAACUGCGAGCCGGAUAAGAAUGAAGGUUGGGAAUGGGUUAAAUGGGAUGAGUUUCCCCCGGCGGAGCAGCUCUUCUGGGCCUUGCGGUGCCUGAGGGAACAAGGCUACAACCCUUUUACAGAAGACCUCGAUCACCUGAAGGGUUACACAGGGAGCCACUGCCUGGGGUAAAGCCUGGUGCUGUGGCAGCCUGAAGGACCGAGCUGCUUCUGUGCUGCAGAAAUCAAAAGAAAGCAGUCUGAACUGCAGUGCUUUCACUAUAUUUGGAAAUCAGUAUUACAAACAUUGAAAGAUUGCUGCAGAGAGUGAAAACUCUGACCCUUUUUGCAACCCCCUUUACCUACCUUUUGUUUGCACCCACGGUUGCAAAAGAACUUGUUUACAGGAAGUGCUUCAGAUCUCAGUUGAUUAUCAUGGCCGACCAUGUUAUCAAACUCUUAAGAGGUCAAUGUCAAAGCACCUACAGUUCUCUGCUAGGCUGACAGAGCAAA